GUUGUUUUUGUUUAGGACAAAAACUACAAGGUCCAGAUGCAGCUGCUGAAGUUAUGGACUGGCUAAAAUCAAAAGAACAAACGAACAGAUAUGUUACUGAUAAAAUUAUAUGCGUAGACGUUUUUUUGGUUGAUAAUCAACUAUACAUAUUGUGAUUGGUAUUUUUGUUGUGAUUUUUGAGUGGAUUAAUCAAUAGCGGGAACAGAUAAUCUGAAUCUAAUUCUAGUAUUCCAUUUAGGACUGUUCUGAGACUGUUGCUCGUUUCUAUAAGUGCAGGAUGAUCCAAAAGUUUUGGUCGAACUUAGAAAAAGAAAUUCUGAAAAUUUUCUAAGUUCGACCGAGACUUUUGGAUCAUCCUGUAGUACCGACGAAAAGUUAUAUCAACCUUGGUAAAUAAGUGGUCACACUUUUUUACGACAACAGAUUUCUGCUUAGUAACUCUGCUUCUGGAGAAUUAUUUAUUGCUGCAUAAAAUUAUGCUCUCUGUUCUAUCGCUUUCAACAUAAUGAUACAUUUUUGAUUUUGUUUAGGUUUCCAUUAUUUUCGGCUGUCCAUGGCAUUUGUGAACGUCAACUUGAACCAAAAUUAUUACUCGAAGCUUUACGCUAUCAUCCAGAAUAUACCAUGUAA